AUGUUGAUCGUCUGAUCUCUGUUUCUGUCGCAGGUGGCUGCGCAGGAGGGGAUCCUGCACGCUUCUGGGAGCGGGAUACCUCCAGCAACGAAGGAUUACUGCAUACUUUACAACUCUAAUUGGAUCUCUCUCCCCGGAAGCCUGGACAAUGCUACGUUCAGGGCGCUGGAAAACCUCACCACUACAGUACUCUGCAACAACUCUGAAGUUCCUUCUGGCGUAAUGAAGGACAAGGCAGUUGUGGUGAUGAGAGGAAACUGCACUUCUUUGGAGAAAGCAAGAAUUGCACAAAGUUUGGGUGCUAAGAUGCUGUUGAUUGCCAGUAAACCUAGGCUGUCUCCUCUUUCGGAUAACAAGACUGAUUUUGAAGAUGUGACUCUCCCAGUUGCUCUUAUAAGAUAUGAUGACAUAGUAGAUAUGCAGAUGACGCUUGGAAGUGAAGUUAAUGUGACGCUCUACUCGCCCCCUUUGCCAGAGUUCGACUGCAGUAUGGUUGUCAUCUUCCUGAUUGCUGUGUUCACCGUGGCACUGGGAGGUUACUGGAGUGGAGUAGCGGAACUUGAGAAUUUGAAAGCAGUAGCAAGCCCUGGGGAGAGAGAAACAAGACGGAAGAAGGAAGAAAACGUUACCUUCACCCCUGUAACAGUUAUCUUGUUUGUUGUCAUCUGUUGUGUCAUGCUGGUCCUACUCUAUUUCUUCUACAAAUGGUUAGUGUACGUUAUAAUAUCCGUCUUCUGCCUGGCCUCUGCGAUGAGUCUCUACAACUGUCUUGCAGCGCUGCUAGGAGAAAUCCCCUGUGGGCAGUGCAGGAUUGCGUGUUGCAACAAAAGCAUCGAAGUGAGGCUUAUUUUUCUCGCUGCGUUCUGCGUAGCAGCGGCUGUCGUCUGGGCAGUGUUCCGAAACGAAGAUAGGUGGGCUUGGAUUUUGCAAGAUAUUUUGGGAGUUGCUUUCUGCCUGAACUUUAUUAAAACACUGAAAAUGCCCAACUUUAAGUCCUGUGUGAUCCUUCUAGGCCUUCUCCUUCUGUACGAUGUAUUUUUUGUCUUCAUAACGCCGUUUAUCACAAAGAAUGGGGCGAGUAUAAUGGUUGAAGUUGCAGCUGGUCCUUUUGGAAACAGCGAGAAGUUACCUGUGGUUAUUAGAGUGCCUAGACUUGAAUACUCCGCGUCGACGCUGUGCAACAUGCCGUUUUCACUCUUGGGCUUUGGAGACAUUAUCGUCCCAGGGCUUCUGGUUGCCUAUUGUCGAAGAUUUGAUGUUCAGACAAGUUCAUCCUCUGUGUACUACAUCUCCUGCACAACAGCUUAUGCCGUUGGUAUGGUGCUGACUUUCAUUGUUUUGGCAUUAAUGAAGAUGGGACAACCGGCCCUUCUCUAUCUUGUACCGUGCACGCUCAUCACUAGCUCGCUCGUUGCGUGGAGGCGCAAAGAGAUGAAGAAGUUUUGGAAAGGAAGCAGUUACCAGGUAUCGGACUCCUCCAGGACGCCUUUGCUACAAGAUGAUGGAACACCUGGAUUACACAGGAAAUGAAGAAAGCACAGCAUCAGCCAGCGAGCAGCCUGGAGGACAAUAACAUGUAGGACCCUGAUUGAGAAUAGCAUUCAAAUUUUCUACAAACUAAUCAUGGGAAAUUUGGUCAAGUUUUACAAUAGCAUAUUUCCUACUCGGUAUCGAAAGGGUUUUUUUACUCCUGCGCCUAUAUUUUUAUGGAAAAUAUUGUUAACAACAUGAAAGGAAUCGACUUGCGUCUCCAUAGCCAAACCGUAGCUAUUAAAACCGUGCCUUAUUUCGAUUUAAAUAAAAGGAUAUUUUCUAUGCA